UUCCAGUUCGUCUUCGAUAGGACGAAGUAGGAUCAAUGGCAGUAUUCAUUGUCAGUCUGACUCUCAUUGUUCAUUUAUUACCGGUCAGUAACACGAUGAAGUGUAUGUAGUAAAGUGUCGUAGAAAACUGUAGUGGUCACCAGGAAUUUUAGUCCGAAUUCAUAUUCCAAUUUAUUGCGAAGGACGUUGACCUAGAGACAUAAUGGAUCGGAUAAGUUUGAAAGAGGAUGUCUUUCCCGGGCCAAAAGUUGAACUUCACGUUCACUUGAAUGGCUGUUUCAGGCAUGAAACGCUUUUUGAGUUGGCCAAAAAGAAAAACCGUCCAAUAUCUGGUUGCGCUACGCUGGCUGAUUUGAAAAUGAGGUGCAUCGUCCAGGAACCUAAAAACUUGUCCCACUUUUUGGACGCUUAUGAGUUGGGUUACCAUUAUUUCGCAGGCGAUCUUGAGGCGAUUGAAAGACUGGCUUACGAAUUUUGCGAAGAUUCAAAGUGCUCCAACGUGAUUUAUUCUGAGGUACGGUAUAGUCCGCACAGACUGGUUGGCGUUGGUUUUCGAGAAAAAUAUGAUCUCCAGGGUCUCCUGGACGUGACUUCACAAGUGAUAAAAGGCUUAAAGCGGGGAGAGAGAGAUUUUGGGGUCAGAUGUAAAUCCAUCCUGAGUGGCCACAGUUGGUUACCCGAGUUGCUCUCUGACCUAAUCAAAGUCUGCCAGAACUUCCGUGAUGACAUUGUUGGUAUCGAUUUGGUCUCGCAGGAGUAUAGUGCGGAGGCACCAGCCGUGCCACUGUUGGUUUCACUCUACGGCGAGGCCAAAAGACUAGGAUUUGGCACCACAAUUCACGCUGGCGAGGCGAGUGGACCCACUGCUAUACAGAGGGCUGUGGAGAUUUACGGGACUCAAAGGGUCGGGCACGGUUAUCACGUGGUUAAAGAUAAAACUAUUUACGGAAAAUGCCUUCGGGAUCAAGUCCAUUUCGAGUGCUGUCCCUGGUCCAGCUUUCUCACCGGCGCCGUUCCGUUUGAUAUCGACACUCACCCAAUUAAACAAUUUGCCAUGGACGGAGCUAACUUUUCAAUAAAUUCUGAUGACACUACGAUAACAGGAUACACCCUAGAUGGAGAUUAUUCCCUUGCACAUUCAUGGGGCUUGACGCAAGAACAAAUGAAGCAAACCAAUCUUAACGCGGCCAAAGCAGCAUUCUUACCGGAAGUCGAGAAGAAGGAGCUAAUUAAACAAUUGAUGGAGGCCUACAAGCAAUCAUAGUUUUUGUAAAGAAAACAUUUUGUAGUUCUUGUACAAUUUCGUAAAAAACCUGAAUUUUUGUAAAUUUAUAAUAAGUGUGUCGAACCAUCAUCCGUUUACGUAAUUUGCUCCAAUAAAUCCGUUUAUUUCCGUUA